GCCGGCUCGCGGCUGGCCGGGAAAUAAACCGUGAAACGCUGAGCGCCGCCCCCAGAGUAGCUGCCGGGAGAGGGGACAGGGUCGGAAUUCAUCUAAGCGCCAGAGAGACUGUUGGUUCCAGCAACAUGGAGGAUGAUGUCAGCUUGAAGUUCCGUCAGCAGCUUCUGCUCAUUGACGAAAAUCUGGUGGCUGAAGAUGUAGCAGCUUUAAAAUUUCUCUGUACUGACUUGCUCCCCUUCAAAAAACUAGAAGGUGUGAAGUCAGCAGUGGACAUCUUUCAGCUUCUCAUGGCUGAAGACUAUCUGAAUGAGGAAGAUACUUUCCUACUAGCUGAACUCUUAUACAGAAUUAAAUGUCACUCCUUGCUCAAGAAAUUUGGUUAUACCAAGGAGAAAGUGCAAAGAUGUCUGCAUGAGAAGGGAAGAGUGUCUCCGUACAGGCAGAUGCUGUAUGAAUUGUCAGAGAACAUUACCAAUGAGAUGUUGAAGGAUAUCAUAUUCCUCCUGCAAAACUGUCUUCCAAAGCGACGGAUGACUCUUUCUGCUCUGGAAUUGCUGAUUUUAUUGGAAAAACAGGGCCUUUUAAGUGAAAACAAUGUACAGAUGCUGGAAGAAGUCUGUAUGAAUGUUUCACCUGAUCUCCUGGAAACAAUAAACUGCUACACAAGGGCAAAAGUGUCUCUACCUCAGCAAGAGAACACUCUGCCAGUCAAGGAAUCUUCACUGUCUCACACUGGAGACAUCAGAGUAUUCACUUCCCCACAGGAGACCUCAAUCAAAUCUGUCAGUUCUUAUAUCAAUGAUAACAAAGCAGCUAAUCUUACACAAGGCUUCUCUGAAAUGAACCUGCAGCUGCCUGGAGAAUUCAGCAAUGUAGCAAAUGAGUCUAAGAAGAUGACAAGCUACAAAAUGGAUGGACCACACAGAGGAUUUUGUCUUGUUAUUAAUAAUGUUAACUUCGAUAGGUCUCUUCAGGAGAGGAAGGGUUCUUGCAAAGAUGCUGGGGAACUGAAGCGAGUAUUCACAUGGCUUGGUCUGGAUGUGAGGACUUACACAGAUCUGACAUCUCAGGAGAUUAAAGAUCUCAUGCGAACUUGGCAGCAUUUGCAACAUCACAAAGACAGCGACUGUUUUAUAUGUUGUAUUCUAUCUCAUGGAGAGUCAGGGGCGAUCUAUGGGAAAGAUGAGGAACUUGUAUCAAUCCGCAUGAUCAUGUCCCACUUCACUGCCAAACAAUGUCCGCAGCUGGCUGAAAAACCCAAACUCUUCUUUAUCCAAGCAUGCCAGGGUAAAGAGAUACAGUGUCCUGUCUAUGUUGAAGCUGAUGCACAAAUUCCUGACUUGUCUUCCGUGCAACAGAGCAUUUCUCCUUCUGAAAGUAUUCCUGAAGAGGCUGAUUUCCUCCUAGGCAUGGCCACAAUUGAUGGAUAUGUCUCCUUCCGGCACGUUCAACAGGGUACUUGGUAUAUUCAGGCUCUGUGCAGCAAGCUACAGUUGUUGGUACCAAGGGGUGAAGAUAUUUUGUCGAUUCUUACAGAAGUUAAUGAAGAUGUGGGCAGACGUGUUGACCGCUUGGGGACAAAGAAGCAGAUGCCCCAACCAGCAUAUACCUUAAGAAGAAAAUUUAUAUUCCCAAUACCUAGAGACCCUCCUCCUUCACAGCAACAUUGAGGCUUUUAAAAUACAUCCUUUUAUCAGCGCAUCUCAUUUAAAUGCAGUUCACCACACUGCCUGUUUUAAGGCAGUUAUCCAGAAGCCUGAGGAAGUGUUAGCUUCAAGGCAAGGCCUCAUAGAUUUUUUGCCAAACAAACUGUGAAACUGGAGGAGACAUGAUUAAAACAAUCCAUGUGCCAGCUAUUUACAUCAUCUCUAUAUUCAGAGUUAUUGGGGUUGGGAGAAGCAUGCUUCUAUCACGUUAAAUGUUUUUGUACCUGCACAAGCUGUAGAUACAAAAGUGCUUUUCUGACAGCAUAAGGGUUGCAUGUAGCCUUCCAUAUCUAAACCAGGAUUGUUAAUGGUCUGGUUUAGGCUCAACAUGUUUUAUUUUGCAGGCUGACAAUUCUAAAUCCUGCCUCUAAAUCCACUAGCUAUGUUCAUAGAGAAAGACAAAGGCGGGAAUGAAGUGGAGAAAGCUUAAGUAGUAAGUGGAAGAGGAUUUCUUCCAUCUCUAAUUUAAAUUAUGUUUAACUUAACGGAGAACCAGUUAACUAUUGAAAUCAGUAAUUUGUUCCACAAUGCACACUGAUAUCAUCUAAUGGCUAACAUAAACCUCAUGUACAAUGAGAUCUUUCCAAAACUGAGUAAAGCCAAAACGCUGUGUAGUAUUCCCUCUGUGAAAUCCUGUGAACUGUCAUUUCCUCAUCACUUCUGGGAAGAAAAGUUAGGGUAGAAGAUUUGCACGCUAUGAAAUACUGCAUUCAGCAGUGUAUCUGUAUAGGUGUAUCAGAUUGAUCAACUUUAAGCAUUAAAUUUUCUGAUUAUCAUUUCUUGCUUUAAGAUCUAAAAUGCAGCCAUAUGAGAAACAAGGCUUCUUUUUGAUUAAGCUUCUAACAGAGCAUUUUGCGAGUUAACUGGAAUAACGUCAUGUUGUUUUGUUAUGAGCAUUUACUAUGUAUGUCUGUGUCCUUCCUGUUUGUUACUGCAUUAAAUUCUUACUUCUUUUUAAGAGCUUGGUGAGAUAAAAAUUAUGUACUGGGGUAAGACUUAUCCUUGUUUCUGACUGGCCCCUGCACUUUGUUGGGCUGCAUGAAUCAGUGGGGUUUUAACUGCCUCAGGGUUUCAGCUGAAGUGAAACUCAGUUUAUUUCAGCAAAACACUGAUUGUUAUAUAUGAUUACUAGCCAUAAGUUAGGGUGAAGAUUUGAAAGAGUACUGUCUAGUGCUGUUGGAUGCAAUUUUUAGCCUGCACUAUCCAGGAUUUUUAGGAAGGGAGUUUUGCAUCAUACAGAGCAUUGAAAUGCAGCCAGUUUGCCAAAACCUUUUAUCAUGAUGAAUUGAUAGUUGUGUGACCCAUCGCAUUUUGAAUCUUCUGAGUUAGUACGGCUGCCACACUUGAAGUCACAUUUGUGCCACAGAUAGAAAACAUUUUGUCUGUUAGUAGAAUAUAUAACAUUGUAAUAGCAUCAUGAAGUUUCUGGCUUGCAAUUACUGUUCAGACUUGGUACACUCUUGUUUUGUAUGUUUAGGUAACAAUUGAAUUUUUAUCAGUACGGGGUAAACACAACAAUUUUGACCUUG